ACACUUGUAUUUUAUGCACCAAAUUAUAAGUCACUAACAUGGCUUCCUCAAACUUUCUAAUGAUGCUCCUCUUUGCUCUCUUUGUCAUCCCUAAGGGGUUUGCCAACUACGAGAAACCUCCAGAGUAUCAUCCACCAGUUGAAAAUCCCCCAUUUUAUAAACCACCGGUAGAGAAACCACCUGUGUAUAAACCACCAAUAGAGCAACCUCCAAUUUAUAAGCCACCUGUAGAAAAUCCUCCAAUUUAUAAACCACCAGUAGAGAAACCACCCGUGUAUAAACCACCGUUUGAGAAACCUCCAAUCUACCAUCCACCAGUAGAGAUACCACCAGUGUACAACCCACCAGUUGAACAUCCUCCAAUUUACAAGCCUCCUGUAUACAAACCACCAGUAGAGCAACCUCCCGUCUAUAAGCCACCAGUAGAGAAGCCUCCAAUUUACAAGCCACCAGUAGAGAAACCUCCUGUUUACCAACCUCCUGUUUACAAGCCCCCAGUUGAGAAACCUCCAGUGUACAAGCCACCUGUAGAAAAGCCACCAGUGUACAAGCCACCUGUAGAAAAGCCUCCUAUAUACAAACCACCAGUAGAGAAACCACCAGUGUACAAACCACCCGUUGAGAAACCCCCGGUUUAUAAGCCACCAGUAGAGAAACCACCUGUGUACAAGCCACCAGUUGAGAAGCCCCCAAUUUACAAGCCACCAGUAGAGAAACCACCUGUAUACAAGCCACCAGUUGAGAAGCCUCCAGCUUACAAGCCACCAGUUGAGAAGCCACCUGUAGAGAAACCACCAGUGUACAAGCCACCAGUUGAGAAGCCACCUGUUUACAAGCCACCUGUAGAGAAACCACCGGUGUACAAGCCACCAGUUGAGAAGCCACCUGUUUACAAGCCACCUGUAGAGAAACCACCGGUGUACAAGCCACCGGUGUACAAGCCACCAGUUGAGAAGCCACCUGUUUACAAGCCACCUGUAGAGAAACCACCAGUGUACAAGCCACCGGUUGAGAAGCCCCCAAUUUACAAACCACCAGUUGAGAAGCCUCCAGUGUACAAGCCACCGGUUGAGAAACCACCUGUCUACAAGCCACCUGUAGAAAAUCCACCUGUUUACAAGCCACCAUUUGAGAAACCUCCAAUUUAUAAACCGCCAAUAGAGUAUCCACCCGUGUACAAGCCCCCUUUUGAGAAACCCCCCAUCUACAAGCCACCUGUAGAGAAACCUCCUUUUUACAAGCCUCCGUUUGAGAAUCCACCAUUUUAUAUACCUCCAGUUGAGGAGCCUCCUGUUUACAAGCCUCCAUUCGAGAAGCCACCAAUUUACACUCCUCCAUUCUAGAGCCCACCUUACCACCCAAAGUUCCCUCGGGCAGGCGAUGGUACUCGUUAAUAGAACAUGCUAUGAAGAAAAUAUGUUAAAUAAGAGAUAUAUAGAGUUUUUUAUUUAAUCAAGGAAUAUAUAUAUUCAUGUAAUCUUCAUUUCAAUACUUUGUUUACAAUACUCUUGCUAUGAUAAGAAUAUGAGUGAAAAACAGAGAAAGAAAAUAGUGUGCUUUUCUAUUCGAAAUUAUGAAUAAGAUUUCUAUGAUUUAGAUGUUGUGUUGGUUGACUAAAUCGUGAUACAUCGACAGAGGCAGAGCCCCUCAUGCGCCAAGGUGGGUCAUGGCCCACCCCCAAAUUUUGUUUCUUAUUAUAUAUAUAUUAUGUUUUGUAAA